AUGAAGUCCAUCUCCUUCCUUCGCAACACUUGGAAAAAAAGGGAGCAGAAAACACCACUUGAUGGGUCGGAUAACACCCCACCCAGCAGCCCUCGAGAUUCCCGGAAGCAGCAAUUCUCCAAGUCAACAACUACGUCCAGUCGCUCUCUUACCGUGACGCUGAGGCAACUUCCUGUAGAAGACACGUCUGCGCUGCAGGUCGGAGGCUCGUGGCAAAUAUCCAAUAACUAUCAGCCUCCGUCCCCCAUCUACGAUCAAUUCACCCAAAGCGACCUUACUCUGAGGCACAAGGAGAGCGUUCAAUCAGGGCUUGACAAAUCUUACUGUAGUCGCACGAUGCUCUCCGAACAGAGUAACAAACCGUGCAAUAUGUCCAGCCUUCCUCCCCGCAAAUUUUCCACUACACAUUCCACACAACAACAGUAUGUAACACUACCCACCAAAACUACUCAUUGCCCAGUCAUCCCUGAAAGGCAAAAGGAUGGCAUCACGGAACAGCAUUCCCCUACACACACCCGUAACGUUUCUCCUCCAUCACCGCGUACACCGUCAUUACCGUCAUUCCAAUUACUACCGCCAAUUGAUUUGAACUACGGACCAGGGAGCAAAUUCGGAGAUAGUCUUGCGGGAGGAAAGAACUGCAAAUGCGACCCAACGCCUCGUUCGCGGCAUGAUGCGCAGUGUCCCAGACAUACCUUUGCCGAGGCUCAGAAUAAUAUGACGCCUGUGAGGUCCACCACCGUGUCUCAAAGGUCACCGAAGACGGUAGACGCAAUUCUCGAUCUUUCCCAUGACUCAAAACCGCGUAGCCUGUAUCACAGUACCGGCUCAACGCCUCAUUUGCCUUACAGAGACCGUGCCGUUUCUUCUAGUCGUUCGGAGGAUUCUUCAUACUCAGCGGGGAGCAGUGAAGCAGAACAUUUCCCCCUCUCACUCUUUCCACUUCCCCCGCCUUUAAUCGUUCGUAAAAGAGUCCCCGCACCAUUAGUCUUGCGCAACGUCACUCCACCUUCAGCUUCGGCGCACAGUUCUCGUGAUUCAACACCAGUGGGGACGCCGACGACUCCUCGGUUCUCAACCCUUAAUUCCCCCUCUCAGUCAAGCGUUGCUUCCCCUUCGAAGAAAUUUUAUACUGGCCGUCCUUCUACCAACUUCUCCCCGCCCCCUUUUAGUCCGCCGAACAGUCCAUUACCAAAACCACCCGUUGCUCAAGACGUGGCUCGAAGGUCUCCAGAACAGACUAUCCAUCCAUUGAGAACUGUGCAGUCCAACGCUAACCUUCGGGGAGCGCUACCAUUUCCCGCUAAACAUAGGCUUACUUCGAGUGAGCCUAUAUCCGAUCAGGCGAGUGUGCCGAUUAGACGGCCACCGAAACCACGACCCGCAGAACGUCCAAAAAAUAUCCAAACUUAUAUGGAUACCAAAGAUCAAUCCAUAAGCACCGUGAACCCCAAUGUGGAAACACAAGUUCAAUGGGGGUACGCUUUUUAG